GUGGACAUGCAGCAGCUGCUAAAGGUUUUUAUUCCUCCAGACUCAUCAGGAAAUAACCUGGACCGCUGCAGGAGGUAUGCUCAUCCUCAGUGGCACCUGUUAGCCACAAACAGCACAGCUAAUGUUAGCGAUCUACAGACUGAAGGAUGUGUGGAUGGAUGGACCUUCAACCAAUCAGAGUUUUUUACCACCACUGUGUCUGAGUGGAGCCUGGUGUGCACUCGACGUCCUCUCAAACAGAUGAUUCAGACUGUUUAUAUGGGUGGAGUUUUAACAGGUGCUAUAAUCUAUGGCAGCCUGUCGGACAGAUUUGGAAGGAAGUCUGUCCUUAUUUGGUCAUACCUGCAACUAGGUGUGCUUGGCUGUAGCUCCGCCCUCUCCCCUUCAUACUUGGCCUACUGUGUUUUUAGAUUUCUGAGUGGGAUGGCAGUGUCUGGGAUCAUUCUUAAUGGAUUCUCGCUGAAGGUGGAGUGGAUCCCAACCAAAUCAAGGACACUAGUGGGAACGCUCACUUCCUUCUUCUUCACCUUUGGUCAGAUGAUAUUGGCAGGACUUGCCUAUUGGCUGAGAGACUGGCGAAAGCUGCAGUUGUUUGUCUGUGCUCCCCACUUCCUGUUCUUCGCUUACAGCUGGUGGUAUGCAGAGUCAGCUCGUUGGUUGGUGCUGAACCGUCGGUCAGAAGAUGCCCUGAAAAGUCUUUACAGAGUUGCCAGAAUCAAUGGUAAACCAGAGAUUAAGGGCAAGCUUACCAUCGAGGUACUCCACUCUCACAUGAGCAAGGAGAUUGAGUCGAGUCAUUCAACGUUUACCGCAUUUGACCUUCUGAAGACCAGAAGGAUACGACGGAUCUCCAUCUGUCUGGUUGCUGUCUGGUUUGCUACCAGUUUUGCAUACUAUGGUCUGGCGAUGGACCUUCAGAAGUUUGGGGUGAGUAUUUACCUGAUGCAGAUCAUCUUUGGAGCCGUUGAUGUUCCUGCCAAAUUCUUUGCUCUGGCCAUGCUCACUUACAUGGGGAGGCGGGUGUCUCAGGUGUCCUGUCUUUUCCUGUCAGCUGUUAUCAUCUUUGCCAACAUCUUUGUCCCUACAGAUAUGCAGACACUCAGAACCACACUGGCCUGUCUGGGUAAAGCUUUCACUUCGGCCUCCUUUACCACUGUUUACCUGUUCACCGGAGAGCUGUACCCCACAGUCAUCAGGCAGACAGGAAUGGGCUUUGUCUCCACAAUGGCGAGAGUUGGCAGCAUGGCAGCUCCUGCAGUCCUGAUCCUGGAUGAGGUCCUCCCUGUGCUGCCCAGUAUAGUUUAUGGUGGAGCUGCAGUGCUGGCCAGUGGUUUUGCCUGUUUCCUUCCAGAGACCCUCAACAAGCCGUUGCCUGACACCAUUGAGGAUGUGGAGGAAAAACGGUCCAGAAGAAACUCCUUCAAAAAGCAGGAGGGCAUGUCCUUGAAAGAAUUGGUGGUCUCUGAUGAUCCAGUACCCACUGGGGGUAUGGUCAUGACAGAAGGUCUGGCUUUAAAAGAAACAAAGCAUAGAAAAUGGUGUGGCCUCAAUGCUCUUUAACCAAUCAGAACAUGCCACAUCACAGAUUCAGGAUCGGCAAACUGGACCUGGACAAAUACAACUGGAACUGGACUACAAAGCAAAUAGACUAGAGUUUAAAAUUGAACCAUAUUUAAAUACAGGUGACUGAUUGUAGAUCAUUAAAUGUUUUAAAUAAAGCUUCGGAUGAUGUAAAAAAAUCUACAACUGAAAACAGGUCUGAAUGUGACUGRCAAUCUAUAUGUGAAGUGAUUAUUGUAUGAGUAACCACUAAUGACAUCAAUCAAUAAACAAAUGGUGAACUGUAAA